AUGUCUACACUGCCCUACCAGACAUGGGACCUUUCGACGGCUGGCACCAAGCGCUCAGAAUCGUACAUCGAACUGAAUACGUGGAAACAGAGGGCAACAUCCAGACACGUCACCUCAAUCCUGGUAACCUUCAUCUAUCAGCGGAAGGAGAAUUCCGGCGGCGUGUCGAAAAGUCUCAUCGAUGCUCGGCCGAUCAUGCUUCGCACCCUUGAAUACGACUUCUUCGAGCAGAAGAUCCGCGCAUUUAUUCCCGAGGAGGGUAUCCCUUGCCCUAAGCUUCUCUCGCCCACCGGGAAGGCUGCUCUGACUCAGGAGGCCUUCGGUUAA